AUGGAUCUUCUCUGGCACACUAAAUACGGAGCUGAUCCACGGUCUGAGAAACUGGCUGAGCUUCCGAGCUGGACCUGGAUGGCUUUUGAUGGUGGUGUGACAUGCCCCUUCAAGUACGGAGGCCCACAGGAGGCAGGUAUGAUCAAGACGCACGAUCGCUUCGAAAUUCAAGCUUGGCCGGAGUGUGCCCAGUUCGGUCGACCGCUUCCAAACUGUUCAUCUCUGAAGCUGGAGGGCCUCACCAAAGAGGUCGCUAUUCCCCACCGGUUCUGGAAAAGCGGGUAUGCGUCUGCCCAGGACAUGCCCUGCUACACACUUCGCGUGCUUGGGUUACGCGACGAAGAGUGGGAGGAUGACGAAGAUAGGAUUGGGCAUAUCACUUUCGAUCAGUACCGAAUGCCGAGCUCCAAUGACGACUUUGAGAAUAAUCCGCCAACUCGGUAUAAGAACCUUCAGGUACUCCUUAUUACGCUGCAGAAAGAGCAAGCGGACAAUACAUCGGGUCUGUCCGAGAUGGGAAGGGUUUUGAAGCAGCGUACGGACUUAUAA